AUGCGCAGCUUGGACCAGACGAAGGGGCGGCAAUGCAUCCGGCCGGAGAUGAGCCGGACGGUGAACUUUGGGGAGAAGGGCGUGUCGCAGUCGUUCUACUUCGAGACGCAUGUGUCGCAAGUGGCGCUCGAGGACGAGAAGAUGGACUUUUCGGGGCUCGACCUCGGGUACUUGGAGGCGGAGCGGUACCACGACUAUGUGAUCUCGCGCAUGUCGAAGGCGGUGUACCUCAAGUAUUCUAACUAUCUCACGACCAGGCCGCAGGACAGAGACGUGAUUGCGGUGUAUCACGAGGACUCUUUGGAUCCCAUCACGAAGCGUAUAGAGGUUAUGGGCGACCAUUGCAACGGGAUGAAACGCAAUAGCUAUAAGGGGGUGACCAUUAUCAUUUGGAAUGGAAACUGGGCGUUCAUUGUGCAAAAAGGGGUGGACACCGCCUGA